GAAACAAAUUUACACAAGACUCGACAAGAGUGUUAAUACACUAAAAGAAGAGAGAAUUGUGUAAGUUGCAGCAUUUAGUGAGCAAUGACUGGAGACAUGGAAAAGUGGUAAAGUACAGCAGUAAAUGCUGUCAAGACUGCUUGAGAAGGGCUGUGCAUCUACUACAGCAAGAGAAGGAAAGAAAUGUGUUUGUUCAAAGUACAGAAACCUGUCCAGAUGACAGCGGGCAGUGGACGGAGGCUGCGGCAGUGGCUCAUCGAGCAGAUCCACAGCGGGUUGUACCCGGGUCUGCAGUGGGAGGACGAGGGCCACACCAUGUUCAGGAUACCAUGGAAACAUGCAGGAAAGCAGGACUACAACCAGGAGGUGGAUGCUUCCAUCUUCAAAGCCUGGGCCAUGUUCAAAGGAAAGUUUAAAGAGGGGGACAAAGCAGAACCUGCCACAUGGAAGACGAGGCUCCGCUGUGCUUUAAACAAGAGCCCCGACUUUGAGGAGGUCUCAGACCGCUCGCAGCUGGACAUAUCCGAGCCCUACAAGGUCUACAGAAUCAUUUCGGAAGAGGAACAAAAACGCAGGGGCACGAUGGUGGAACUCAGUGGAGAUGACAGCAGCAAGGCCACACCCAUGGAGUGCAGCUCAGAACAGCUUCAGGACCUCUUUCAGGAGCCAUCAAAUGAAGACAUUGGAGACAGCAAGGGGAGCCACUCACCCCCUGGAGACUGCUUCAGCAUCCAGCCCAGCAAGGACAGGUGGUCACAAGAUACUCCGUUCUCAGGCCCAGGUGCUCAGGUUUCCUCACCAGCAGACAUCCGUCAUGUUCCCUCACUGCCAGGUCAUUUGGAUGCAGCCAACUCGUCCAUGAUGAUCGCCUUCUUCUACGGAGGGAAGCUGGUGGCCACCGCCAUGUCGACCCACUCUGAUGGAUGUCGGAUUGCGCCGCUGCCACCAUCUGGGCUCAGCGAGAGGCUGUUGAAUCCCAACACCCUGCAGAACAUCAGCUUCCCGCCCGUGGAGGUGAUUGAGAAUGAGCGCCAGCGCCAGAUCACCAGGAAGCUCUUUGGUCACCUGGAGCGCGGCGUGCUGCUGCGAUCCAACCGGGAAGGCAUCUUCAUCAAGAGGCUGUGUCAGAGCCGCAUCUUCUGGAGUGGCCUGGGCUCCCAGUGCGGUACGGCCACUUGCAAGCUGGACAGGGAUGCCGUUGUCAAGAUCUUCAACACCAGCAGGUUUCUACAAGCUCUACAGAUGUUCCAGGAGGGUCAGCACCCAGCUCCAGACCCCACUGUCACCCUGUGCUUUGGAGAGGACUUCCAUGACAUCGGCAGCGCUAAAAGCAAAUUAAUAAUCGUCCAGAUCACUUCCAUGAGCUGCCAGCACUUAGUGGACACUGUCACCACCCGGCGCUUCCUAUACGCUGGCGGGAGCCUAGAAACGGCAGAGGACCACGAGCAGAUAGCACACAUCUUCCACGACCUGUGCAGCUACACGUUGCCGACGCCGUCCUUCUGUGAAAACCAGCCAAUUUCGGUUUGACCAAAUGGGUCGCAAACGGUCCUCUGCUUCACGGUUUUGGGCAGAGCAGCUCAGCAUGGGUCAUAAUAAAGCCGAAGGAGUAAAUGGACACAAGCUGGUUUGCUGUUAGCGGGGUGGAGGACAGACAGGCAUUCAGGUGCAUCUCACUACAAACUUUACUACUCCACUAGUAGUAUAACUGUCCCAGAAUCUUAAUGAACCAGUUGCAUUAGUGUGACACAUAGGUUUUACUGUUUGUGGCAUGCUGUAAGUGACAAAUAUGAA